AUGGCGCGACUUGUUGAGUGGGUGGCCGAGGAACGACCCCCCGGAUACGUCAUCCCAGUGGUUGGGGGCACUACCGAAAGCCGCUUCUGGGCGCACGGGAUCAUUUUACAGGCCAUGCAUUUGCGAGACUUGGCUUUUGGACACCGAAAGUUUAAAUCCAUGAUGAUCCCCCUCCAAAGACUCCAAAUCAAACAGCGUUGA